GCCAAAGACAGAGGUUGAGAGAUCUGAAAUAAAUAAGGGGCAUCCUCUUUAACUUUUUUCGGCUGAGACCUUCUUUGUUCCUCGCUAUUCCGUCCCUGCUCAAUAUCUGCGCUGUUUGAUUUCCUCUGAAUAUUACACCAUGUCGAGAUUUUCUCCCUACGAUAACAAUGGCGGAUCCUGUGUUGCGAUUGCUGGAGCCGAUUACUGUGUUAUCGCCUCGGAUACUCGGAUGUCCACCGGCUACAAUAUUCUCACCCGGGAUCAUUCCAAAAUCUACAAGCUAGCGGACAAAUGUAUAUUAGCUUCUUCAGGAUUUCAAGCUGAUAUGAAGGCCUUGCAAAAACUAUUGGCUGCCAGGCACCUGAUCUAUCAGCAUCAACAUAAUAAGCAAAUGAGCUGCCCUGCAAUGGGUCAACUACUCUCCAACACUCUGUACUACAAACGCUUCUUCCCUUACUACACCUUUAAUGUUCUUGGUGGCCUUGACAACGAAGGAAAGGGAUGUGUUUACACGUACGAUGCUGUUGGUUCCUAUGAGAGGGUAGGUUACAGUGCCCAGGGUUCUGGUUCUGUGCUUAUCAUGCCUUUCCUUGACAACCAGUUGAAAUCUCCAAGCCCUCUCUUGCUGCCUGCACAGGAUGCUGUGACUCCACUUUCACAAUCCGAAGCAAUUGAUUUGGUGAAAACUUGUUUUGCUUCUGCAACUGAGAGAGACAUCCACACUGGGGACAAUCUAGAGAUAGUGGUGCUCAAUGCAGGUGGUGUUCAUCGUGAGUUUAUGCCAUUGAGACGAGACUAGACCGAUGGUCUGUCUUAGAAGAGUUGAGACUUGAGACUGGUGGAACGGCCAUCCUGUGAUGUUUGUCAGGUAGGGUUAUCAUGGAAUGGAAUGCUGGUGUAGCUCUUUCUAAACAGAUGAUGCAAAAUGGGACAAGUGAACAAUCAAGAAAUUUAUGCGCUGGCUUUGUUUGUAUCUUUAGACUGCAAGGAACUAACGUUUUAGGGGUAACGCCCUUGAUUGUGCUUUUGACAUGGUGACUCGGAAGCUUUUGCGUUGUGUUGAUG